AUGCUUGCAGCCCCGAUAGAGUGCAAAAACAAGAUGAGAGAAUCGGGAAAAUCUAUAGCUAAGAAUUGUGCUGAGCUGUACAGAUGCGGCCAAACCAUUAGUGGUAUUUAUACAAUCGACCCUGAUGGCUCAGGUGCCUUUGAUGUCUACUGCGACCAGACGACAGCCGGUGGAGGAUGGACCGUUUUACAGAAGAGGCUAGUUGACACUAUUGACUUCAACCGCACCUGGGAUGACUACAAAAAUGGCUUCGGGGAUUUUCUCAUUCGAGAAUUUUGGCUCGGACUGGACAAGAUCCAACGUUUGGCGCCAAACAAAACAGAAAACAGACUUCGCGUGGAUCUGGGAGUAAAUGCCAGCAAAACUGUUCACGCAGAGUACGAAUCGUUUGGUAUUGAGAACGAGACAGCUGUGUACAAGCUGCACAUUGGCAGUAUUUCUUCUGCGACUGUUAAAGAUUCUCUAACUCAUCAUGAUGGCUUCUCAUUUGGAACCUGGGAUAGACAUCCGGCAGUUCCUAAUUGGGCGGAAUUAGGAGGAGGCUGGUGGUAUGAAAACAGCACUUGUGCUGUUUCCUCAAAUCUCAACGGCAUCUAUCCUCAACAUGGAACUAGAAGGAAUAUCUACUGGGCAUUCUUAAGCCAACGAGCUGAUGGAGCCACUCCCACAACAUCUGAAAUUAAAAUCAGACCAGCGGACUUUUUUUAA